AUGUCCAGCUCCUCAGCGAUCGAUCCGGCCAUGGAUUCGGCAUGGCGAACCGACAUAGGCACGCUUUGGACUGCAGCCGUAGCCAAACACAACCAAAAAGUCGGCAUCAAGUUCAAACUCGAUCAAUCCAAGGCCAUGAACACGCCAUGGAACAGUACCACCAUGCAGGCCACCUUGAACCGGCUGACUGCCGAGUUUGAAAAGGAGCGCGACUCGCUUGGACACUUCUCGGACCGCAUCAAGGGCCCGCUUCAAGUCACGCUCAAGGUUGCAAAGGGGGCGGCCGAGGUCAUUCUUCGGACCGCGAGCACCAUCGGCGCCAUCGCAGGGAGCGUUUUUGCGCCAGCGCCGAUCAUUGCGGAAGCUUUGGUCUUUGUUUUGAGUGCCACGCAGAAAGUGUCGGGCCAGCUCGACGAGAUCAAAAAGUUCUUUGAAGUCACAGCGAACUUCUUCAGACGUCUGUCGGUGCUCGAAGGGAGAUUGCCCGAUGGACCACAAUUUGGCCAGCAGCUUGUCGAUGUGUUUGACAGGCUUCUCGGUUUUAUUGUUGAUGCUCAGAUCUUUGUCGGCCGUGGCAAGUUCAUGAACUUCUUCAAGGAGCUCGCCAAACCAUCCACGCCCUUAUCCGACGCGCAUGCCUUGUUUCAAGAACAGCUCACUCGACUUGACCAGGCGGCAUUGUACUGCACUUUGGGCAUCUCUGUUGACAUCAACAAGAACGUCGCCGACCUGCGCGCCUCGGUGGACUUGGUCAUCGACGAUACCCAUCACAUUGUCGGGCAGAUCGAUGGACUCGGCACGAAUAUCGUCGACCUACAGCUACAAAUCGGUAGUUUCAGGCGAGACUUUAGCACUUUCUCUCACGAGAUACGUCACAAACCCAAGACGGAGGAUGCCAGCAAACAGAUUGCGGAUGCCGUCACUGUGGAUCACGCCAGCUAUCAAUCCAACGUUCUAAGAACCCUCAGGGCAUCAUUCAACAUUGGAGAUACGGAGGGCAUCCACCAGAGACGGCUGACUAGGAUGUUGUCUUCACGCCUCCCUGGCACCUGCGAGUGGAUUCAUCACCACCAGGCCUAUCACACCCUCCUUGAUGGAACCUCUCAGUUUCUCCUCCUGCAAGGUGGCCGUCACACCGGGAGAAGCAUGCUGUCCUCCUUUAUUUUUGAGCACCUCAAGACCUCCAAGCAACAACUCCCCAUCAACAAGAGCGGCACACAAACCGAAGCCGCGGGCAUAUCGAUCGUCGAACAAGACGCCGCGUAUCGCAAGUGGGCCAUGGAUCACUGUCUCGGGCAAAAGUCUCGAGGAGAGAGUACCAACCCAACAUGGGACGAUCACUUUGAGGCCAGAUUCAAACCAUCGGAGGGCAACUCACAUGAACCCUGGUUAUUCCUAAUUCUUGACGAUGUCGACAUUGCCGAGUCAAAGCACGAUCUGCUGGAGUUCCAGACAAGCAUCGAAAAUAGAAAGUUGAGAAUCAGUCUCGUCCUUACCACAAGCUCGAAUAUGGAGAUGGACAUUCCGGAAGAGUCGAAGAUUAUUCUGGGGGCCGGUAACACAAAUGCUGAAAACCACGACCUGCGCACCUUUACCAAACAUCUCGCCAUGAACCUGUCCCCAUUGAACGACCUCGCACCCGAAACACGAGAAAGCCUCGUCAAUGGUGUGUGUGAGAAAGCGACCACCUACUUGUAUGUGGAUUAUGCUCUUCGGCGAUUCAACGUCCUUGGCGGCAGUGACUUGUCUCCAUUGAACACGCUCAAAACGAGUCAUGUGGAGAUAUACGGGGACCUCUUUCACGAAUGCAUCGAUCAUCGAAACGAGCAAGAACAGACUCAGCUUCAUUGUCUCUUCACCUGGCUGGCUCUUUGCAAUGACCAACCGCUGUGUAUUGGCACAGCAAAAGUAUUACUAAAAUUGGUUUCCCAAUGGAACAUCACCACAGCUGCGGAGGAGGGCAGCGAAGGAAAGGGGGAAGCCAAGUCCCGUGACGGAGUCGGCCUUGCAGCUGGGAAUAGGCUUCAAGUAGAACUCGCCGGCAACUUAUCCCUUCUUCUUUCUCGGGCAGCCCCCAUGUCCAGACACGGUCAAAACGGUGGCCAAGCGGGCGACGACGACCUGAUUCAGUUCCGACAUCCUGCGCUUCAGGCAUACUGGCCAACAACAACAUGGGCUACUCUUCCGGCUAAUGUCCUCAUGUUCAAGAUGCUCUCUCAUGUUCUGACUGAAAAGACCGAUGUCGGGGAACAGAAGGACAAGAAUCAUGAGCAACUUGUGUAUCAAGCUGCCACACUUUGGUUCAAGUUCCUACGGGCGGCUUCAUCGCAAUACUUGCAUGUUGAUUCUACAAUGGAUUCCCACCAAAUGAGGCCAGAAACGGCACCACCGGGAAGCAUCAUGGCGAUGACACCGCCACGCAGCAUCAUGGCGAUGACACCGCCGCGCAGCAUCAUGGAGCUCGCGACGAGCCGUCGAGCAAUCGCGCCAAUCUGCCGCAGUCAGAAGACUAUGAUUCGAACCAGUGUUGCCGACCACAUCAGUCCCCCCCCGAAAGAUUCAAGGAUGAGGUCACAACGCGCACCGGUUUCAGAGCACGAGGCGUCGGGACCGCAACUCGUAACGUUCCCAAGACCCGAGGUUUCAAUCAACGAGAAGAGUCAACCGGCUGCUAUUGUCGCAAAGACCGUGGUACGAGGAAUGGCUCACGUCUUCAGCAACGAGAAUGGUGCAUUGAAGGUUCUGGAGGUCAAUGUACCCGAAGUAGAUUGGGGGAAAUGCCAAUCUCUGCUAGGAACAAACUUCGAUGAGAUCAGUGCAACGUUGAGGAUACUCUCGUACUGGCUGCGUUUAGUAGACGGGAGUGACUUGACCGGUCUGUCUGAAGGACCUCGAGACUGGCUCAACGCGAUAAAACCAGAGAGGGAUGACCCAGAGCCUCACUGCAACAUCCUCGAGCAGUUGGCGGCGCGCCAUAGCGACAAUUGGGGAGCGGCACAGUUCCCGAGCAGCGCAUACAACUCAUUCCGAUUCGCCCAUCAAGCGUUGCGCGAUCGAGAUACCUACAUGUCGCAAGGGUGGGAACCCUACCCCCAGCACUCCGAGCCUGAAGCACGCACGGAAGCAAUCCUUAAAGUGGGAGAAGGAUUGAGAGCAAGGCUGAUAGGGCGGGACGAUGAGAGUGAGAGGCUGAAGGCUGCCACAGCCAGUGUUGCCAUCGCGAUGGCACUGCGGUAUGACGGGCUCUAUGAGCCAGCGUUGGCAGAGGCUCUCAACGCGGCCGAGAUAAUUGAGGGACAGGAUGAGCAUGGCAGGGCAGUCUUCAAUGCGUUCGAAAAUGCCUACGACGGGGCCAUGAGAGCGCGAGAUGAUGAAUCAGACACAACGCCCAAGACCAGCAUCGGUGACUACGAAGAAAGGUUGCAGCAGCUCAUGGGAAGUGGAAACUCCUUUGCCUUGGGGAGCAAGGAGGCCAAACUUCGGUUCGACGUCUACAACCGCAUUGGGCGGAUCUGCUAUGGCAUGUCGGAAGACAAGACCGAUUUGGCGGUCGAGGCCGGUGCUAAUUCCAUCCCGGAGAAGGAGUUGGAGAAGAAGGGGUAUCUCGAGGCAGCCCGUCUGGCAUUCGUCACGGCUCUUGGGACGAAAGAGGAGGGUCGGAACAUGAUAAGAACCUAUUGGUUGAAGGCCAAGGUCGAAGCACUUCUCCGGGAUGACAAGCGUGCUCUGGAGAGCGUCGAGAGGGCCGUGGAAACUGCCAACAAGAGCGAAGCGGAGAGCACGACGGUCUUUUUCGACGAGCUGGUCCAUGAGUUGAGCAAGGGCCAUAACGGACCAGAGAACGUCCUUCAACUCCUGGAUCUCGUGGGACAUGCACAGCUUGUCAAGGGUUUCAUGGCAGAAACACACCGGCGAAUCCACAAAGCAGCCAAGAAACGGGGCAAGCCAGCCGCUGAGAAGGUUAAGAAGACAUACGCUGAGGCCGUCAAUCGCCUGAUCGAAGGGGAGAAUUCUUCGGCCCAGAUGUUGUCGAUCUGGUGGGCUGAUUUUGUUCGCUUCGUGUGGGCAGGGUUCCAAGCGGACGCGGCAGAUGAAGCAGAGGAGAUUCUACGUCGAGCACUCCGUGUCAAGGUCGCUGGUAGCGUCGAUACUACGAUUCGCAUUGGCUGGCGGCUGGCAGACAUGUUUCUCGAGCAGUUCCUGAGUUCUGCGAAAGAAAAACAAGAAUCUGUCGAUUUGAAGGAUAAUCUGGCCAAGAAGCAGGCUGCCCUUGACAAGAUGGAGGACCUGAUGUCUCAGUUGCAGGGGUUGCAGGCCGACUUUGAGCCUUACCAGUCUCAGAUCAGCAUCCCGUUGUCCAUCAUGCGACGCAAGCUCAGUCCAGCUUUGAGCUUCUUCGAGGGCGCCGAUCAGACCUUUCGAGGAUGCGUCACAACACUGACGGACGAGCACCAGGAUAACGACGCGCCAAGCUUCCAGGUCCUUGCCAAGGUCUUGUGCUUGGUACCCGGGCUAAAGAAGCACGCAGAGAUUGCGGCCUCCUGUCAGUUCUACGUCAUCGAUGACCAGCUAUUUACGGGAGAAACUCAGUCCCCUGUGACUUGCAGCUACUGCGAGAAACAGAUCGGCGGGGAUGCCGAAGCUGAGGCUGUUUAUCUAUGCUGCUAUUGUACCAACACAUUCGCCUGCAAGAGCUGCUAUGACAACAAAGAAUCUUCAAGAUCAAGCAAGACCACUGGCGAUGAGAUAGAUGAUGUCGUGCUGCAACCUGCGUGUCGACCCGAGCACAUGUACGUAUCAGCCCGUGGCGACGACUGGGGUGGAACGAGAGACGGCAAGAUGGUUAUCAAGGGUGAACAGGAAAGAGAGCUUUCUUUCCAGGAAUGGCUGGAUGAGGUCAAGAGAGAAUGGGAAGUGGCAUGGCAGAAGUCCUGGGGAGAGCCUGCACUUUGA